GCCGGAACUAAAGUGCCGGGGUUGACGAUGAGUACGCUAUAUGACGGCCAGGUUUGUGUGUUGCGCUUCUUGGGCGCCCGUCUGCUCUGCUUCCCCUCGCCUUUGAAGAGAACAGUCACCACACUCAUGGCAGGGAUUUUGCGCUCAAUAGUUCAGAAGCCCCCAGGUGGACUCCAAACGGUAACAAAAGGUGUGGAGUCUCUCAUUUGUACAGAUUGGAUUCGUCACAAAUUUACCAAAUCAAGAAUUCCAGAUAAAGUAUUUCAGCCUUCACCUGCAGAUCAUGAAAAAUAUGGUGGGGAUCCACAGCACCCUCAUAAACUACAUAUUGUUACCAGAAUAAAGAGUACAAAAAGACGUCCAUAUUGGGAAAAAGAUAUAAUAAAGAUGCUUGGAUUAGAAAAAGCACAUACUCCUCAAGUUCACAAGAAUAUACCUUCAGUGAAUGCAAAACUGAAAGUGGUUAAACAUUUGAUAAGAAUCCAGCCCCUGAAGUUGCCACAAGGACUUCCAGCGGAAGAGGACAUGUCUAACACGUGCCUCAAGAGCACUGGGGAAUUAGUGGUGCGGUGGCAUCUAAACCCUGUAGAUCAGGAAGCAGUUAAGUCCUAAUGCCAGAGCAGUUUCAUAUUUAAAAAUGUAAAUCAUUUUUAUUUAAAGAUAGAAAGUGUUCUCAUUAAAAUAUAUUUUAAAUUCUAGUCAUUUUCACUGGCUAAACAUGGUGUGAUUUCUUCCUUGUAUAGGCUUGGAAGUUUCAGUGCUGGUAUUUGAUUUAACUCUCUUUUCUGUCUGAUAGUUUCACUGCAGAAUGGGCUGGAGUGGUAUUGUUUAAACAUCUGGGUUCAGAUGUCACCUUAGCAGUCACCAUUGACUUGUUUAAAAUAUUGUUUUCUCUUUUAAUUGAACGCAACAAAUUCCUCGAUUGUCCCUUUGAGUGAGCAGUGUGUUACGUGUUGGGGAAAUGCACAGCAGACCAGAUGAGCAGUCCCUGCCCAUCAGGAGUUCAGUCUCUUGCUAGAGGACAGAGAUUCGGCCACAGUCAUUAAACAUUGGGUGUAGCUAGAUUGACUGCUUUGUGCUUUAGUGUCUAUAAGUAUAUAUGUAGAGUUGGCUGCAUUUUAUUCUUAAAUUUAAUACCAAAAAUAGUAUCUUUUUCUAAUUAUAAAUCUAAAUUGGCCCAAAUUUUAUUGAUGUUCUUUGAGUUCCUAAGAAACCUCUGCCAACGGUUGAGGUAAUAUUUAAAAGAUGAGAAAGAAGGGAGAAAUCUUUUAGGGAGAAUUGUUUUAUUUCCUUUUUUUUUUUUUUUUUCCUAUUUCAGAUACCUGGAGGGGUUGGGAGAAGUAAGAAUUGUAGGACAGGUUCAAUAGUGGGAAGUUUUGUGGCAGCUAAUCAAAGAUGAUGGUGAAGAAUCUCUGAAUUCUAGUUGCUUAUUUCCCUUUGUCUUUUGUGAGGUUUAGUUUGGGCAACAAUAACAUUGGCAUACUACUCAUAAUUAUGACAGUAUUCAUAUUAUGUAGUAUUCAUCCUGUCAUAGGUCUUGAUGUUUUAGAGCAUUCAGAAUUGCUACCUGAAAUGAGCCAGAUAUCAUUAAUUAUUAAGCUUGAAUGCAAUUACAGUUUCAAUUCAACAAUUAUGAAAUAUCUAGUAUAUGUAAGGCCUGGAGGAGACCUUAAAGCCAGAGGACACUUACUUCAGAGAGCUCAUUCUAGUUGGAGAGAAACCUGUAUGCUACAACAAAAUGUGUCCUUGCUGGAGGUGGUUUGAGGAUAGCUGUGUUAAUAAAAGCUGGUCCCUGCUAAUUUAUUGCCAUCUCUUUCACUAUACUAAUAUUAAUGUUUACAAUGGGGAAAAGAACAUUGGUUAAUUUUUACCCAAAGAUUCUAAUGAAGUUUAGGUAAGUAAUUUUAACCUCAACAGUCCAUGACUAGAAAAAAGGACUUAAAUGCUGUUGAAUAUUUGCAAAUAAAAUUGUCUAUAAGGAGAAAAGUAUAAGGCACACAUGGCUAUAAGCUAGUGCAUUAGUUUUCUAUUGCUGUGUAACUAAU